AUGAGAAAUCUGACGCGAGUUGAUCAAGCUAACGCUUGGUGAGUAUCUAAGGCUUACCUUUUGGCACACACGGUGCUGUUUGCAUAGCAAGGGCCUAAUUUUAGACUUCCAUUCGUCGAGGCAAGUCCUGCAGGGUUACUCAAUUAAAUAACUUUCGCCUGAUUAACAAUUUCCGUACGCUAAACCGGUACAGCAAUCGUUUAAUGGUCGUCCGUCGUUGAUAAAACCAUAAUAGGAUGGGUUUCGCGUGAGUCGCACUUUAUACUCACACAACAGCACAGAAAGGGCAGAAAAAGGCUUCUCAGUUACCUAUACAUUUACGCUCGCUCAAUUAAAUAAUUCAUAGGGGGAUAUCUUGAGAAGACACUUAGAAGUAUUAGUAAAGGUCAGCCCAAACCUUUCAAUAGCAAUUUUAAAAAUGCAAAAACUAAGUGCAGCUGCCACUAGUACGUAAUUGAAAAACGUUGGCCUUACAGCACUGUUGUCACUCAAGCUAAAAUUAAUUUUUCCGGUGAAUUUUUUCAGUGGAUUUCGGUUAAACACACAGGCCCAACAAAAGUGUUUGCAGCUGAUUAUCAACCAACAUUUAGUCAAAUUAAGUUAUUUGAGACCAUCGCAUUUACUUUAGCAUCUAUUCUACGCAUCGAUGCGACAUCUUUGGUUCCUUUAAAAAAAUAGUCUUGUUCGGCUAUGUUCUUACAUAAUGAUUUCGAGGAAGGAGAGCUUUUGAGUAAAAUUACAUCGCAAGUCUCCUUCAUAGAUUACGAUUGUCAAUGUUAGUAUUUUACACCACAUACACUGUAUUAUUUGAGCAUUAUCUUAUGCCCUUUGCUUCCGUCUGUGUGAGAGAAUGAGGCAGGACCAAGAUCAGCCCUUUCAGCUAAUUAUUCCUAAAGAUUGAAGGGCUUCUGUAAAGCAGUAUGAUAACUACCAACGGUUAAUUGCAGGACAAGUCUUGUGUGACAAGUAGACUUCGAUGCCUUCGCUCAGCACAAAUAGUACUGUCAAUGAAAGCCCUAAAUCCUUAGGUGGGACGUGUCUUUUCCGAAAUUCCAGUCUCUACCAAAUAUGCCAGAUUCCAUGGCAUGUUGCUAAAUAUAAAUAAAAUUAGAAAGACAUCAGAUGCCUUGCAAGCAAGAUGACUCCAGUACAUAAUUUUUUGGAAACUGGUGCUCCAGCUCGUCGUCAGGCGAAUGGGCAAUGUACUGGUUGACAAAGAUUGCUGAAUUACAAUAUGUUCGACGGGUACUGAGAGUCAAUGGCUAUCCGCGCAACUUUGUCAACCAAUACAUACGAAAACGACACCAGAGACCAAAUCCAACCGGCCACAAAUUUUGGCGGGCUUUUCCGUACGUGAAAGACGUUUCGGAAGCCGUCUGUCGUCUUCUCACUCCACAUGGAUUUGGGAUUGCACACAGGCCGGAAGCAACCCUUAGGCGCCAAGUCAUGAGGCCGAAAGACCCACUGCCACGGCAGGAAACGUUUAGAGUCGUUUACCGGUUCUGGUGCAGUUGCAGAAAAAGCAACUACGUCGGAGAAACUGGGAGAUCACUCCGUACGCGAAUUGUUGAGCACGCGGCAGCAGUGAGAUGGGGAAACGCUGGCCAUAUUUUUAAGUUUUAGGAGGCCCAAAUCCUCACAAGGGAUGACAGUCGCGUAAGCCGCGAGCCGCUUGAGUCAUGGUUCUCAGGCCUACAAUUUAUCAACAAGCGCAAUGACCUCCCGUACCUUAUGCUGCGCUGAGAUUUUCCCUGGACAGGGGAAUAAACCACGUGGGGAGGGCGCUGGCGAGCAUGUAUUUCAGUGACAGUGAGCCAAUUUGCCGAGCAAUCGUCCCACCAGUAUCCGACACUGCUGAUAAAAUCGCGGCCAUUACCGACUCGGACGCGGACUGACAAUUCACCAUCACAUCAAUUACGACUUCAGCGGUGAAUGCGAGAGCUGCUUAUUACAGUAAACAUAUGGUCCCACGCCAGCCACGUGCUCGAAAUACUGAACUCCUUGUGCCACCAGUACCCUUAUAUACGACUGUCUCUGAUGAUGGGUUCAAGUGAGAAUCCCGAACGUCAGACCAAUAAAUUUCUUGUUCUAGUAAUCGCAUCUUCGUCUUCUGAACUGUCUCCUAGAACUCGACUGUUCGAUUCUAUCAGCAGUUUUUUGUCUGCUUCCCUUUGAACUGAUCUGUAUUUGGAAUCUAAAUCUUUCCAGUCACAUAUUAAUGACAGACGGAGAGGUAGUUUAAUGCAUAGCGACUAACAAUCGUACUUCUGUAAAAGGAUUUUAACCCUAUCAGGGUCGCUGUAACUGUCUUCGGAGGCAGUGUUAUUAAGUCAUAAAAGGGAAUAAAGUUUUUUCUACGUUCAAUUUGUUAUAAGGAUUUAACUAAUGGCGAGUUCCUCCGCCCAUCUGUCUGAAAAAAAACAUUACCUGUUGUUCCAUCUUCAAUUGGGUGGAAUGGCCAUAACAUGAACUAUAAAUAUGUUUUUUCUCCCGGUGUAAUAAGCUUUUUCUCCAGUAUGUCUACUAGUUUGCAUUUUAAGACUGGGAUUUCGCAAAACGAUGUUGGAAGUUCUGUUCGAUUGUCGCAUGAUUGGGCAUAUUUUAAACGCCAAUUCCAGAGCAUAAUUGUAAAUCUUAGUGGUUUUCAGGAAAAUAAUUUGAUUUGUUUUGCAGCAGGCCAGCUGCUUCAUAAGUCUCAACCAUAUCUACCAUGACCGUUCGUACAGUGCGUGACCUAUCUCAUGAAAUGUUGACUGAAAUUCUGAAAUGCGUUUUCGAUUAGGAAGGAUUACUUGGUCGCGGUUGUGAUACUGAUUAGCUUAAGGCAUACUCUUAUAACAUUUUGGACGCGGCAGGAUGUCGGCUUUUAAAUGCACUUCUUUUCAAUCUCCUGUAGGAAGCGUGCUUGGUAAAAAAUGACUACUUAAGUAGCAUGCAUUUUUCCCAUUGAUUUUCGAUGGUCAUGGAAAUUCAAAUAUAUUUUAUAGAAACCACGAACAAAAAUAUGCUUUUUUUAGUCAAUCAGUAGAGAAUCACGUCUUCUUUAUAUUUUAUACUUAAGAAAGGAGUAUAGUUAGGUUUUAAAAAAGUUUUCUAAUUGCCGAACAAUUUGGAGCCUGAUCAUUCGUUGCAUUAGCGCUUAGUGAUUUCAGUCUACAAGGUGCAUGCGUUCCGCGUAAAGAAAAUCCCAUAUUCUUCUAUGUCAUUAAAGAGAUAUCAUACAGGGUCUAUAAAAUUUUGCAAUGGAUGCGGACGAUGUUGUACAUUUCACUAGGAGCAGUGGUAAACGGCCAGGUACGAUGCUAUGUGAAUGGACAUAUCGCGGUCUUAAAAAGUCUCAUAAUAAGAAACUUUUUUAAAACCUAAUUAUACUCCUUCCUUAAAAAUAAAAUAUAAAGAAGACGUGAUUCUCUACUGAUUGACUAAAAAAAGCAUAUUUGUUCGUGGUUUCUAUAAAAUAUAUUUGAAUUUCCAUGACCAUCGAAAAUCAAUGGGAAAAAUGCGUGCUACUUAAGUAGUCAUUUUUUGCCAAGCACGCUUCCUACAGGAGAUUGAAAAGAAGUGCAUUUAAAAGCCGACAUCCUGCCGCGUCCAAAAUGUUAUAAGAGUAUGCCUUAAGCUAAUCAGUAUCACAACCACGACCAAGUAAUCCUUCCUAAUCGAAAACGCACUUCAGAAUUUCAGCCAACAUUUCAUGAGAUAGGUCAUGCACUGUACAUCCCAUUUUUAAUGCUGAUGUGUAUUUGUUUCGCUCGUCAAUGUAGAGGACGAUGGUCCAGGCUGAAUGCGGGGCUGCCUUGCACCCUUCUGGAAUUACAGGAUUGUGUGCGUCUGCUAUGCAAUUAUUCAGCAAACCAUGGCCCCCGCAGCCUGGUGUGCGCUGGCAGUUCUCCCGCAUUUUUUUCCUUGUCGGCAGAAACGCUUGCGCUCCCACUGGCUACACAGGUCAUGUACAUGGUCGCUUAGUGACUUGUGUCAUCCGUUUUUCUUGUCGGUUAAAAUCCUAGUCUAGUGUUAAAUUAUGGACCAGAGGAUGUGCCAGUACGCCUAGGUUCUUUCCGCCGUGUCAGUCUUCUGUGCCCUCUCCCACCUCCGGUCUUCUUGACUAUGUCUUGACACCAAACCCAGGUGGGUGAGGAAGAGGAGAGAGUACGGUGGAUUCUGCGCACGUCUACUCCCAUUAUAAACCAAUUCGCGCGCAAGUCGUCGUAGCAGCUUCGUCUUUCUGUGAAACACACGACAGACAACGUCGGAAUCGACGGUCGAAUUGUCAUAAUAUGAUUUGGGUGCUCUCUGGCCCUGAAAAAGUUUGCGUAACUAUAGUCCCUCAGUUCUUUUGCUGUACUUGAGCUUGCUUCAACAGUUUGGAACAGGGUGUAGACAGAGUUUGGUUUGCGAUGUAAAGGGUGGCUGUAGUUGGAGUAAAAUAUUUGCCUGCAGAUGGCGGUUUUCCUGAUUAAUAUAAUUAACAGUUCCCAGGCUGUAAAUCGACGCAGAAGGACGCGAAUAAACGUAAGAUUUUUAGCUUAUUUCUGUUUUUGUCGUAAAUAAGAUACGCUAAUCUGUCACAUCAGUAAUUUCCUCAGAUUUAUGAUGGAAUGUGUAUUGGCGGUGACAAACUGUUUUUCGAUCUAGCCGGUUCCGUUAUUCGCGGAUAAUUUAUAAACACCAAAUACUCCGUCCGUUAAAACACGACCUUUAGUAAUUAAUCUCAAUAGAAGGCGUAAAAGUUGUAAAUUUAUCUUGCCUCCCUUAUUCACCCACCAAAAUUAAAAUAUUUUUAAUGUAUUAUCGUAGAGAAUCUAGAAAGUAUUCGCAUUCUGAUGCCUUGUAUACCUCAUCCUAACUCUUAGUCAGAAGUUUACCCUAAAUGCCUAUUUGUAGCUCCGGCGGAACAGUAAUCAUGAGGGUAUGGUUUGUACCCGGGGUUACUUAAUUUGUGACAUUGUGAAGGAUCACAAUUUCUGAUACCACAAAGUUCUUAGGUGUUCGACGCAUUUCCUCAACAUAACUGCUCCCUAGAGUAAGUAAUCCCAGGCAUAAACCAUACCCUUACCACGUAACGAUGAUCAAGACAGUACUGACAGACAUCGUUUAUUCACCAGGCUUCAAAUAUAGAUCCUUUAUGCGUCCGAGGAAUUGACUGGCCGAAGUUGUUUUUUGUAGAUCCAUAGGCCAGGAACUUGAAAUGCCUGAUAUUCAUUUUGUAAGAUGUGCACUCGGCAGAUCGCAGAAUCUCCUAAAUUACAGCAGGACCUUAAAUGUAAAUAUCCUUCUACUUCAAGUUAGUGCAGAAGUAAAGGUGAAAUUUCAACGUACACACACAUUAUUUAUUACUACUCACGUCCUGUAAAACAUCUAAUCUACAGUCUGGAAGGAAACAUGAUUGUUGGGAGAAAAGCUUUAUUCAUCUGACAUUCGGGACAUUCAGGAUUUUCUCGUCAAUGCUGCAUCGGGUAUCCCUCUUUGUUCACAGGCUUGUUCAGUCACCCUCUGUUGAACCAAUUUUGGUGUUUGGGCCCAUGGCUGAUCCGUCAAUUUUGAACAGCAUUUGGUGGUAUAGCAACUACGCCCUGCAAAUACUGCGUCACUUUGCAAAACAGUACGGUUAUCUGAUUCUGUCUUCAAUUAUGGGCCCUAAUGUGGAUGCGAAACGUCGGACAAUGGUCUGGUUACAGCGCUCACGCCUUCUUCCUAACUUCUGCCUCCUCGAACUUGCCUCACCGCUUCGACCAGCAAGUUUACUGAUUGAGCAUAUAAGCGUCAAUGAUGAAAUGUAA